AUGGAAGCCAGAAGGCAUUCAAGGCCCGGCAAUUCGUCAGAGCGCACGUACCAGCGUACUUACAAGGCUUGUAUCCCUUGCCGGCAAAGGAAGGCCAAAUGUGACCUGGGCGAACUCCCAGACGGGUCUCCCAUCGGCCCACCAUGUGCAAAAUGUCGGAGAGAGCAGAGAGAAUGUGUGUUUAGCGAGACAAGGGCAUGGGAGAGGAGGAAAAAGCGAGGUAGGUGCCCGGACAACGAUCACCGUGACAAUGUCGACGGGUACACUGAAAGUAAUUUAAGUUCUCACCAACCUACCGCAAAGAACUCCCACACCCGCCAACUGUCAGCAUCCACAUUGGAAAACUCCAUGAUGCGCACUGUAGUAUCGAGCGGAAAUGAUGCACUCAAUAUCCUCUUUGAGGCAGCUGCCCAUAGCCAGGAAGCGGACCUGGCCGAGGCGAGAAUGGAUUCGAGGGACACCAGCCGUGCAGUUAACGCGAUGAGCUACGAGAAUGCAUUCAGUCAAAUGCACUCUGCAGUCCCGACCGGAAUAUUUUCAAUGGCAAUCCGGCCGGUGGAAAUCUCCAAUGCGUCAAAAGAGGUACUCACCACUUGGGAAACGUGCCGAUUUGUGAUGAUGGGAUGGUUUACCUCCAGAGAAGCCGUUACACUCAUUGACCUCAUAGUGGUUGAUCUCUUGCGAGCCAGAUUUUACGAGAACAUGUCCUCAUUGUCCCCAAUCCUGACCGACUUCUAUGCGGACCACCGAAAUCACCGCGAAUUGAUCACCUGUGAUCCCGUCCUGUGCUGCACGAUGCUCAUGUUAUCUUCGAGGUACCAUAUAUUACCGGGGCCAGGUGGCGAGUCAAGAAACUUCUUUAUCCAUCAUCGUCUGUGGCAGCAUUGCCAACAGCUAGUUACAAGGCUUAUAUUUGGGCAAGAACGGACCUCCAACUCAAAACUUCGAAGAAUUGGCACAAUUGAGGCUCUCCUAUUGAUGUCGGAGUGGCAUCCAAGAUCUCUUCACUUUCCCCCAGAAAGCGAUGGAUGGGAUUCUGACCUAGUCAUCAAAGCUCCCCAGCCCAGAGAUGAGGAUGUGUCAUCGAAAAACCGGUUCCUGGAGGACAUGGUUGAACCGGCGAAGAGAUCCGACCAAAUGUCAUGGAUGCUGCUUGGGGCUGCAUUGUCCCUCGCCCACGAGCUGGGAAUAUAUGAGGUCAACGAGGACAAGCGGAGCUGGUCCCUCGCGUAUGAGGGGUAUAUCCCUAGCGACCAGAUCAAACUUCGACGACAGCGGGUUCAGCGACUGCUCUAUGUUUACAUCAACCAACUAGCAUGGAGAAUAGGAUGUGUAUCUCUUAUGCCUCAGAGCUUGAAUCAUGCCAUCUUAAAUAGGCAAACAUCAAGGAACUUGAAGCACUAUAACGACCAAUGGCUUGCAUUUAUGGACUCUUGGAUGGACCUCACAAAGCUGGCUAAAUCCGUCACAGAUGUUUUUUUUCCGUCCGCAGACUUUGCUCGGCAACAGUUACGUAGUGGUCGGUAUAUUGAUAUGUUGGACCACUUCCGUCCUCUACUACUAAAAUGGGAGGAAGAUCAUCUCCGGCCGGAAGUACUCAACAAACGCUUUUAUAACGACCUGUUCAUCGAGUAUCACUUCGUCCGAGCUUACACCCACUCGAUCGGUAUGCAAGCGGUAGUGGAGCGUGUUCUUGCGGAUAGCGACCCGGACGUUGAAAUCCGCGCGGCGAGCAUUGACCAAGUUGAUUAUGAAUACAUCCAAGAAGUCAUCGACGGUUGUUGCCAGGUCUUACAGAAAGCAAGUGAGCUGGGCGAAGCCGGGGCUCUGAAGUUUUCCCCAGUCCGUAUCUUCCUUCGGAUCACGACGUCCUCCAUCUUCUUGAUGAAGGCAUUGAGCAUUGGGACCCGCCAUGCGAAAUUGCGUGAGUCUCUAGAUAUCAUUGAGCGCUGUAUACAGGCGCUUAAGUCCAAUGCACUGGACGAUAUUCACUUGAGCACCCGCUACGCUGCCCUGUUGGAAACACAUGUGUCGCGCCUACGACGCAAUUUGCUCGCCUCUAAGGCUACAAGAAGCACCAAUGGGUAUACGGUGCGGUCACCAUUGGCAGAUACCGGCGCAGAAGACAGUACGCCAACAAUCGGUGUUCCUGCUGGGCAAAUAGUACCCGAACUGGGAUCUGUUCCAACAUUUCAGAAUAUGGCUGCUGACGAUUGGCUUUCUUUGCCUUUUGAUCCUUCUAUGGCACCAUUUGGGAUGAGUGGCGGAGGACAAUUCCCAGCUUACGAAGGAGGUGCCUUGAACUUUAUCUGGAACUUACCUUCUUGA